AUGCCUUCGGUCUCAACACUCAGGCCCCCCCUCGUCGACUUCUUGUCCCGCCACACCCCCCUUCGCCACCUGAUCCUGAACAACAACGGUCUUGGUCCCGCCGCUGGUACAUUGGUCGCCGAUGCCUUGAGCAAACUUGCCGAGCGCAAGGAGGAAGCGCGCAAGGAGGGCAAGGUGGUCGCCCUGCUGGAGAGCAUCGUCUGCGGACGUAACCGUCUCGAGAACGGCAGUAUGGAGGCCUGGGCCCGCGCCUAUAAGAAGCACGCCGCCGGCCUGAAGUCCGUCAAGAUGACUCAGAACGGUAUUCGCCAGGAGGGUAUCUCGCUGCUGCUUAAGGACGGUCUCCGCCACGCCAGCGGCCUGGAGGUCCUGGACCUGCAGGAUAACACCUUUACCGUCAUGGGUUCUACCGCUUUGGCUGGUGUUUUGGAGGGCUGGCCUUCCCUGCGCGAGCUGGGUGUUGGUGACUGCCUGCUCUCUCCCCGUGGUGGUGUCAAGGUUGCCAAGGCUCUAGCUGCCAACAAGAACCAGAAGAUUCAGACUCUUCGUCUGCAGUACAAUGAGGUUAAGGCCGACUUCGUGAAGGAGCUCGCUUUUGCUGCUAAGACUGCCCUUCCAAGUCUGCGUCGCGUUGAGCUGAAUGGAAACAUCUUCUCUGAGGAUGAUGAGAACAUUACCGUUCUGCGUGAGCUUCUGGAGGCUCGCCAGGAGGAACACGGUACUGAUGAUGACCCUGAGGAUAGCUGGGGUGUUGAUGAGCUCGAUGAACUCGAAGAGGAGGAGUCGGAAGAGGAAAGUGAGGGCGAGGAAGAGGAAGAGGAAGAGGAAGAGGAAGAAGAGGAGAAGCCCAAGACUGAGAAGGACAUCAAGGAUGCCGAGCGCGCUGAGGCAAACGCCCAGAAGAUUGAGAAGGCGGUCGAUGAUCUCGCCGACGCCCUGGGCAAGACUGGCCUGUAG